GCGAAAUUCCGCACGCGCCCUGUAUAUACUUUACUUUACGCAUGCGCUUUAGGAACCUCUGAAAAAUGGCCAGCGAAGACGUUAUUACAGUACAAGAGGUAUCAGUGGCUACUACCACGCCUCGUCUGCAACCAGAAGAAGGAAUAAAGCCACUGGACUUGGCGGACAGCGAGGCUGUGUCCAACUUGGCUCGAGGAUUUCUGGCUGUUCUGGAGCCUGAGUUAGUGAGAGUUCACAGGAGUCUGGAGGAGCUGGUAGUCAACCAAGAUGAAAUGUUGGCCUCAGUACGCGACAAGCGCCUUCAGUUUGAGGACACAACCAAAAUGACUGAAAUCACAACUCUACUGCAGAGGCUACCUCAGUGCAGACAGAAUGUAUCGGUCCUGGCAAAGCAGAUGCAGACUCUCAGCAAGAGGGUAAAGAGACUGCAGGUUUGUGAGUGGAGAAUGGUAUGGUGAGAGGACACCUUACAACAGAUGACACGUGGUUCUGCCCCAUACUAAUACAUUAGUCAGUGUAUUGAACAAGGUACACCUCUGAAUAAAAGACAUUUCAUGUGUUCCUAAGGUGGCCAUUAUUCAGAGGUUUUAGUGUUGGUGUUCCCUCUCUUGUCCAGCAACGUGCAGCCAGGCUGAAAGAGCUGCGUAUCCAGAGGGAAAUACAGAAGAAGAAAGAAAUGGAGAGGAGAUUGGAGCAGGAACGCCUGCUAGAAGCUAAACCGUACUCCAAAUAGCAUGUGUGAAGUUCUCUGUGUGCGCAUGCGUAUAAUAAACUUUGUUGCGCAUGCGUGUAAUCAAUUUUGUUG